GUUUUCAAUACUUACUGAAAUACAUCCACGAAUGUGGCAUCUACACCACCAUAAGUUCCAAUAACCCACCCAUAAAAACAAAGGCCAAAACCUUUAUCCGCUUCCGUUUGGCUCCUUGCAUAUCACUAUAGAUAAACCCUCUAAACAUUUUUGUUCCUAUUGAAGUACUUCACUGUACAUUUUCCGCAUUCCAGCUUCGCAGUAGCAGGGCUCCAGCAUUUUCUUGAGUUCGUUUCUUUCUCCUUUUCUAUUCUGGCAUAAUUCACCAGUUAUAUCUCUUGGCUACUACAGAGUUCUGUAUUUGUUGAAAUAUGAUGGUGCAAUUGUGUGGCUUUCGUGUUUGAUUUUGUCACGAUGGCUGAUUUCGCAUGUUCAUCGAAUUUUGUUGAGCAGGAUUGCGUCUUUACUGCUUUAUGAGGCUGAAAAAUGUGGAAGCUGUUACAUGUUCUUCAUGAGCACCUCAAUGGUCCUAUGUCAACAUCUCGUCUUAUCCAAUAAUAUUAGCUCCGAUAAUUCAUUUUCACCGUGCAAUGCGCCAUCUGCUUUCAUUCGUCUGAAUUGUGGGAGGAGAAAAUCUCGAGGGCUGGUUCCAAAUGCCAAGAAAAGGCACAAGAAGGGAAAAAAGAGUUGGUGGCAGAGAUUCUUUUUUGACGAGGAUGCAAAUUGGCUCGGGUUGAAGGAAAACUAUUUACUUGAUGAACUUGAAUCGGAUGAUGUCACUAGCGAUGACGAGUUAUCCGAAAAUGAGAAAUUUGAGGCAUGGAAAAGGCGGGCCGAGGCUAUAGUUGAAUUAAGGGAGGCACAAGAUGAAGUCAAGAAUGAGGAGAAUAGGAUGUGGGAGGACUGGCUUGUGGAUGGAGCUAAUGAUGAUGUCAGCAAUGGUUCAUCGUGGUUUGAGAAAACGAAUGAUUCUGUUGGAAAAUUGGGAGAUGAUUUAGUGGAAGAUGAAUUGUUCUCCGCGAGAGGAUUGGUUAGGUCCGCGAGGAAUUUGGUUCUAGGCGGAGAAGAUGAAGAUAUUCUUUACGAGGAUCGAGUUUUUCGUUAUGCCUCAUUCAAUUCGGCUAAAUUCUUGGCUGUACUGGUCAUUGUCCCAUGGGCCUUGGAUUUCUUGGUUCACGACUAUGUUAUGAUGCCUUUUCUGGACAGAUAUGUGAAGACUGUACCACUUGCUGCUCAGCUGCUUGACGUGAGGAGGAAUCAGAAGCUUGAAAUGGUCAAAUCUCUAAAUCUUGAGAAAGCACGGUAUCGGUUUGAAGUAGAGAUAGGGAAAUCUCCUCCUCUUUCUGAUGAGGAGCUUUACUCAGAAUUACGACAAAAGGCGUUAGAGUUGCGUGAUGAAUGGAGAUUAGAGAACCGCAGAGCAUUUGCUAACAUAUGGUCAGAUAUGGUUUUCGGGAUCUCAUUGUUUGUUCUGCUAUACUUCAAUCAGAGCCAAGUAGCUUUGCUGAAGUUUACAGGUUAUAAGAUAGUGAAUAAUAUCACAGACACUGGGAAGGCAUUUCUUAUCAUACUUAUCACCGACAUUUUCUUAGGUUAUCAUUCUGAAUCAGGUUGGCAGACAUUGUUAGAGGUUCUUGUUGAGCACUAUGGAUUUGAGGUGGAUAAGGCUGCCAUAACAAUAUUUGUCUGCUUAGUUCCUGUUAUAAUUGAUGCUUGUGUCAAGCUGUGGUUGUUUAAAUUCCUGCCGAGAUUAUCCCCAAAGGUGUCCAAUAUUUUCCGCGAAAUGAAGAGACAUUAG